AUGUCUAAUACAACAGUGACUCUAACAGCAACACUCACACAAAGGAUUCAUCCUACCAGGACCUAUCUCACUGCAACCAUUGCAACAUAUACAGAAAUCGUCACACAAUUGCCCAUGCAGGAAUGGGAACGCCAAAUAUAUCGCGGCUUACCUGUCAUACUUGCUUUUGCCAUCAUUGGUAUUCUUACUAUCAGUAUAAGUCUAUGUUACCUAGGUUACAGAAUAUAUAACGCAAAUACAAAAAAAAGAUAUCACCGGCAAGAUGCCGAACGAGAACUAAAGCCCAAGGCGCUUUCACACGUCUUGCCGUGGUUUACUCAUCAGGAUCUUCAGAUCGAAAAGUCAUCUAAUAAUAAUCAUAAUCAUCGUCCGUCCAACCUAUCACCUACAUUCGUACCUAUUCAUACAUCCCUAAACCUUGUUCCAAGAUCAGAAAUCCUAAACGAUCCAGAACGAAGACGCGGUGUGGAUGAGCUUGACAUGUGGGAAAAAAAGAAGCAAAGCAAGACGACAACACAACAGGUAUGGAAGUUCCCAUUCACGAGAGCUUAUCCUGAAUCAUCACAAGAAUCACUGCAUCAAAUAAAACGACAGAACUCUUUUAGUCAGUCAUCUACCAUCACUAUGCAGGGCGCGUCUUUCCAUCAGAAUAACCGCGACGAAUCCGAUAUCGUACUCACGGCACACCCAUACAUGGAACAAUCGUCACUUUCACAAACAAGACAUUCAUACGCUAUUUCACUGAAUGAUGAGCCUUCUUCUUCAAAAGGAAAGGAUAUUCAGAUGGCACGCAAAAUACUAGGAGAGUGUAAACAUAACAGUAGUCAAUGGCUACAUUUUUCUGGAAGCAAGUCGUUUUAA